AUGUGGGCAGGUCUGUCAACUGACCUUGUAAUAGAACAAGUGCUGAUGAGGAGUAUGAAAACUAGCGGUGGGCUUACAAGGGGCCGUGGCAUGACGGAGCGACAAAGACUGACAUGGUUGCUGUCAAUGCCUGCCUGUGGAGAAGUAAAUCGGGCACUGCAGGAGCUCACUGGUGUUCAGUACAACACUGGUGACCAGAACAAAGAACUGUCAAAGUCUCGACAGUUACGGGACAUGAAGGAUACCCACACCGCACUCGCUACAAUGAAAGACAGAAAUCCCUUCACACCAAAUACUGGCCUCCAGAACAUCAUGACUGGUGUCCAUGCAGAUAGGUCCGUGAACGUAGAGAAUGCCAGAGACAUUGGCCACAAGGUUUUGGGAUCCAUGACAGGACAGUCUAUGAUGACAUACACGUUCAGAAAAAGUGAACAAGCCAUCACCCUAGGAAAAAGCUCAUCAGUUCAAAUUGAUGGGGAACAAGUUCAGGUGGAUCCACAGCUCCUGUUCCAGCGUCUGAUCAUUGCCUGCAAAUCAACAGACAAUAUGGAGGCAAUGUUCCAGUACGAACUUUGUUGUUACCCAUCAGCAUUAUUUGACUCCCCACUCAUGCUGCGAGAACCAUAG